AUGGAAACACUCUCACCAUGGGAACUGGACAAGGAGAACAUCAGUUUGGAACACAUGAUCGGUGAGGGAGAGUUCGGCCAUGUUGUGAGAGGAAGACUGCGUGUGCCAGAAGGCUACGAGAUUUUGGUCGCUGCCAAAUGUAUCCGACCAGACAGAAUGACACCGACGGCUGCCCGUGACUUUCGCCGCGAAAUGGACAUCCUCGCCAGGAUACACGAAAACAAAGAGGGACACCCGAAUGUGGUUAAGUUUUAUGGAGUCAUGACGAAAUCGGAUCCCCAGUACAUUGUGGUGGAGUACGCAAGCAAUGAAGAACUGCGACGGUACCUGUGGGCUUUGAGAGAGCAGUAUAAGACCACGGGCAAUAGAAAACUGUUAGAACGGCUUAAUUUUGCUGCUGAUGUGGCCAGUGGGUUAUCAGAGCUGGCACGUCUGAAGAUCGUGCACAGGGACAUCGCAGCUCGCAAUGUCGUCAUCAGCGACAGGAAGGUGGCCAAGAUCGCGGAUUUCGGGCUGUCGCGUGACGUUUACGUGUCGUCGGCGUACAAACGCACCAACCAGGGCGGGGAGGAGGAGCUGUUGCCGCUGAAGUGGAUGGCCCUGGAGUCGUUACGGGACGGGGUAUACACGUGCGAGAGUGACGUGUGGUCGUACGGCGUGCUGCUGUGGGAGAUCGCCAGCUUUGGGGAGGAGCCGCGCUAUGCUGGCGGCCCGAUGCAUCCGGACGUGUGUACACUGUUGGAGCUGCUGAGGAAAGGAGUCCGUCUGCAGCAGCCGGAGAACUGUCCGAUGUCGGUGUACCGCAUCAUCAGGUCCUGCUGGAUAGUCGACCCAUCCAAGCGACCGACUCCUGAAGAACUGUGGCGUAAAAUAGACCAGCUGAGGCCUCGGAGGGAUGCUGCUCACCUCGUUAAUCAUAACAUUUAA